CCACAUUAACCGACUACGAGACAGUUCUUUACUAUACUUCGUCACGUUAGUGUUAAAGAAAUAAAAAAGGCGUAUAUAGUGAGUUCAGAAUAUUGAGGCAUUAAAAUCAGUACUUAUUGUGUGGAACGUGUUGACAAGCCGCCAGUGUUGAUUCGGCUUUGGCGGCUUUUACACGCGGUGUUCAGCCUUGUUUUGAAUAUAAUACCGUGAUUAUAAUUAGGGUUCAAGAUGUGGGCGUGCGACCCAGCGUUGACGUCGACCAUUGUGAACAGCUACCAGGUCGCGGGGCCGGUCGUCAUGCAAGCACUGACCAGCUUCUUCGCAGCACAAUGCGCCAUAUCUGGCGAUCAUCUGUGGCCGCCUGACGCGACACAAGCUGUACUUGACGAUCCAAACUACGACUUCAUUGUGGUCGGGGCAGGCUCUGCUGGUUCAGUGAUAGCAAAUCGUCUCACCGAAGUGAACGAUUGGAGAGUCUUACUUGUGGAAGCUGGUGGGAAUCCCACUUUGGGCACAGAGAUUCCGCAGCUAUUCUACAAUAAUUUAGACUCUCCGAACGACUGGGGAUACAAAACCCAACCACAAGAUGGCGCCUGCAGAAAUUACAAGAGCAAAGGUUGCGCCUGGCCGCGGGGCAAAAUUCUCGGAGGAUCCAGUAGCAUUAACGGCAUGUUUUAUGUCCGUGGAAAUAAAUUAGACUACGACGAAUGGGCAGCUGAAGGUAACACUGGCUGGAGUUACGAUGAUGUAUUACCUUAUUUCAUAAAAAGCGAGAAUUUCAUGGGAGACAUCACCGAGGAAAAUGCAAAAUAUCAUGGCACCGAUGGUUAUUACUAUGUUAACAAAGACACAGAAAAUAAUAUGUUUGAAGACAUUAUUAUUAAAGCAAGUGUCGAAUUAGGUCUUAAGAAUUUGAGCGAAAUUGUUGGCGCUGAACAAAUGGGAAUCACACGAACACUUACAAAUAUCAAAGAUGGUAAGAGAAUGAGUACAGCACGAGCGUUUUUAAGCCCAAUAAAGGAUAGAAAGAAUUUACACGUUAUCAAAAAUGCAGUAGCUACAAAAAUUUUAUUCAAGCCGGGAACAAAUAUUGUAAGCGGUGUAUUAUUAAAUCAAAAAGGGAAAGACAUCGUAGUUAACGUCAGAAAAGAACUAAUUAUAUCCAGUGGCGCGAUAAAUACGCCACAGUUAUUAUUAUUAUCCGGCAUAGGCCCACGUAAACAUUUGGAAGAUAUGAAUAUUGAAGUGAAAGCUGACUUACCAGUUGGUGAAAAUUUACAAGAUCAUCUAUUCGUACCAGUAUUUUAUACCAAGCCUGGCGACGAAAAUUUAAAUUCUAUGCCCAAUAUUUUAGCUGCGUUAGCCGAAUAUAUUUUAUACCAAACAGGGCCAUUGGCUGAUACUAGUCCACACAAAGUGAUCUCAUUCUUCAAUACUACAGAUCCGCAAGCAAGCAGCCCGGACAUACAAGGUCACUAUGUCGUGUUCCCGCCUAACAUUCACAAUUUACUCGACUCAUUCUGGGUGCACGGGUUAAGCGACGAAGUUGUUAAAAAAUUCCACCAAAUGAACGAGAACACGUUUACGAUGAUAGUUUACAACGUUCUGCUUAAGCCAAAAUCUAUUGGACGAAUCCUACUGAAAAGCAAGAACCCAUUCGACCAUCCUCUAAUAUACGCUAACUAUUUUGAACACCCCGAAGAUUUAAAAACAGUUUUGCGAUCCAUGAAGCAGAAUACUUUAAAAUUAGGAGACACAAAAACCUUCAAAGAUGCUGGUUUCAAACCGGAGUGGAUAGAAAUAGAUGCGUGUAAAGAUUUCAAUAAGAAAACUGAUGAAUUUUUGGAAUGUAUUGCAAGGGAACUAACAUUUUCAUUAUACCAUCCCACGGGUACUGUAAAAAUGGGACCCGACAGUGACAAAAGAUCGGUUGUAAAUGUAGAACUGAAAGUCAGAGAAGUUGAGAAACUCAGAGUAAUAGACGCUAGUGUAAUGCCGUCAAUCGUUAGAGGUAACACUAACGCGCCCACGAUAAUGAUUGCUGAGAAGGGUUCUGAUAUGAUAAAAAAAUAUUGGCUUAACCAACAUACUGAGUUAUAAAAACCUUAAAGCAUAUUAACAUGGUGUAAACAUUUUGUACAUUAUAGGCAACAAGUGACUAUUUAAUAAAUAAGUGUCGGUGAAAAUACAUUGACAUUAUGAUUAAAAUGGAAGUAUCAAUGCGAUAAUGCUAUAUUUUGGUGAUAAUAUGUUGUGCUGAUUUAAUAUACUUAUAUAAACAAGUU